UUUUCAAAAUGGAAGAAAUGGCAAAGUUUUGGAGGGGAACACAAGAACAACAUUAUUUGCCAUCUGAGGACUUCUGUACAAAUUUUUGAUGAACUCAACCGAUCAAGGAAUAUUAUUACGAACUUGCAUGCAUCUGCAAGGUGAAAACCAGGCACGAUGAGUGUUUCGAUCGGCGAUAAAAUUGAGGAUUUUAAAGUCCUCACCCUCCUUGGAAAGGGCUCCUUUGCAUGUGUUUACCGGGCAAAAUCGGUGAAGACUGGUCUGGAGGUUGCUAUCAAAACGAUUGACAAAAAAGCAAUGCACAAAGCUGGUAUGGUCCAGCGUGUGACAAAUGAGGUGGAGAUUCAGUGCCGACUGAAACAUCCAUCUAUACUCGAGCUGUACAACUACUUUGAGGACAGCAACUAUGUGUACUUGGUGCUGGAAAUGUGCCACAAUGGAGAGAUGAGUCGGUACCUUAAAGAGAAGAAGACUACUUUCUCUGAAGAUGAAGCAAGACAUUUCAUGCAUCAAAUACUGAAAGGAAUGCUGUAUUUACAUACCCACGGCAUCUUGCAUCGAGAUCUGACCUUGUCAAACCUUUUGCUGACGAGCAACAUGAACAUUAAGAUAGCAGACUUUGGCCUGGCCACUCAGCUCAAACUCCCAAAUGAAAAGCACUUCACCAUGUGUGGGACACCCAACUACAUCUCCCCGGAGGUGGCCACACGCAGCCCUCAUGGACUGGAAUCAGAUGUGUGGUCACUGGGGUGCAUGUUCUACGCGUUCCUGAUGGGCCGCCCUCCGUUUGACACGGACACAGUCAAACACACUCUGUCGAAAGUGGUUCUUGGGGAGUAUGAGAUGCCUCGCCAUGUUUCUCUGGAGGCUCAGGACUUGAUCCACCAGCUGCUGCAGAGGGAUCCCACCCAGCGGCCCAGCCUCUCUGCAGUGCUGGACCACCCGUUUAUGACCCAAAGCCUGCUGGUCAGGACCAAGGAGCUAGGGAUGGGGGACGACGGAUCCAUUGACAGUGGUAUUGCCACCAUCUCCACAGCCUGCACCUCCUCCACCUCAGCCAGCAGCGGCAGCAGCCGCCUCCAGAGGAGAACCAGGCACAUGAUUGGCUCUGCCCUGCCCAACAGAAUGGCACCUAUUCAAAGUCUUCCACGCCAACCAAACAGCGGCUAUUUUGAGGAUGGAGACCAGUGGCAGCAUCCACCGGACAGAUUUCACAGAGAGGGCAGGAGCAGGGGAGGUCAUUGUGGAGAUGCUGGGCAGCCUCAUUCACGCUACCUGAGAAGGGCUCACUCUUCAGACCGCUCCGGUUCUUCUACAUCAGGCCAAGCUGUGAGUCACGCAGAGCUGGGGAGAUGUCACUCAGAGGAGACUCUGACUGGUUUAGGAAGACCGGUCUUCCCCAUGUCCUCCACUCAGCACCCAUUUUCAGAGCAUGGAAGGCUCCCCUCUCCACCUGUCAAACAAUCAGCACACUCCGGGUAUUCGUUGUCCACACAGACUGCACAUCCACCAAACUUGCAAUUUCAAGACCUGGAGGGCGUUACUAAUUGGCUCAAUAAUGAGGGUUCUGGGCAGAGGCCAGCAGACAGCAGCACUCACAGCAGCAGCGGCAGCUUCCACAGUGGCAGAGGACCUUUGGGAGUGCACAAUUCCUGGACAGACAAGCCCGUCAGUCGAGGUGUGAACCCUCCCCACAACCAGCACCACAUGCACCACAACCUUCCCUCCAACUCUGACUCGUACAGGGAAAAUAUACCUGGAGCAGAGUUCCAACCUCCUCACAGCAGAGAAUUAAAGCUCCCUUCAGCCAAACCUGGUGUGGAUAAAGAGAAGAAAACGCUGAGAGACAUCAUCCCGCCCCUCUGCGCGUCCAGACUGAAGCCUAUCAGACAGAAGACCAAAAAUGCUGUUGUGAGUGUCCUGGACACAGGUGAAGUGUGUAUGGAGUUGUUGAAAUGCCAAAGUGGGCAGGAGAGGGUCAAAGAGGUCCUACGGAUUUCCUGCGAUGGUUCAAUGGUGACAAUAUACCAGCCGAAUGGUGGAAAGGGUUUUCCUGUCCUGGACUGUCCUCCUGCUCCUCCAGAAGAUAUUCUUAUCUGUAGCUAUGAGGACCUUCCAGAAAAAUACUGGAAGAAGUACCAAUAUGCCUCCAAGUUUGUGCAGCUCGUGAAAUCCAAGACUCCAAAAGUGACCCUUUACACCAAGUAUGCAAAGGUGAUGCUGAUGGAGAACUCACCCAGUGCAGACCUGGAAGUUUGCUUUUAUGAUGGUGCCAAGACCCAUAAGACCUCAGAGCUGGUGCGAGUGGUGGAGAAGAGCGGGAAGUCGUACACGGUGAAGGGCGAGGUGGGGCUGAGCGGCCUGAGCCCAGAGAGCAGGCUGUAUGUGGAGCUGUCUGAUGAGGGCCACAGCAUGUGUUUGUCCCUGGAAGCCGCCAUCACAGCAGAGGAGCAGCGCAGCACCAAGAAAGUCCCUUUCUUCCCCAUAACUAUUGGCAGGAGACCUGCCAACCCGGACUCCCCGUGUUCCUCGUCCCUGCCGUCCCACCCGGUCCCUCCUGAUACAGCGUCACCUCCUCAGCCUCCACAGAUCACUCCUUCAAUGAUCUCCUACGACGGGUCUGACUUCACCACAGCCAGCCUGAAUAAGAAAAGCUCUCCGGUGCGACAGGAUCUGGUGCAAAACACAGGAAAGGUGGUCAAGUCGAUAUUUGUGCCCAACGUCGGAUGGGCAUCCCAGCUGACGAGCGGAGAGGUGUGGGUGCAGUUCAACGACGGCUCCCAGCUGGUGGUUCAGGCAGGAGUUUCCUGCAUCACCUACACGUCUCCAGAGGGAAGGAUCACCAGGUAUAAGGAGAACGAGAAGUUGCCAGAGCACGUCAAGGAGAAGCUGCACUGUCUCUCCACCAUCCUGGGACUGCUGGCCAACCCCACGGCACAUCACCUACAGCCUCAUUAACACAUAAACUCAUUAAAUUGGUGGUUAAAAAAACAUCCCGGCAGCUCAGAGGCCUGGCAGGGAACAGAAAGUAGCAUUAUAAACUUUGUACUGUCUUAUGUCUGGUGUUUUUGUAAAUGUGUGUUUUUUUUUACAUGUACAGAAGGCUAAGAUUAUGAAAAUAUAUAUUUUAUUUUAAUAAGCAACUGUUGUUUCAAUUGGCCUUGUUGGAAAAAAAGUGUCAUAACGUGUAUCAUAUUUUUUUUUACUGUGUCUCCUAUUCUAUGAAAUGUGAUUCAUAAAUGAGUCAAUAAACAUCCGGAGGCUGGGUGGAGAAAUGCUGCACUUUGUUUUGCAGUCUUCUCUUUGCGCUUGAUA